AUGCGACAAUCACUAACCACGAAGCUCUUAUUACGAGUGUCGACAGUCCUGUUCUUCAUCUACGCCGACUCGUACAUGUUCGUCUUUAGCUCGGCCAUUAUACAAUACGGCGUAGGGAUCAACGUGAACUUCGCUGCGUGCGAUGCGGCCAUCAUCAUCUGCCUCGUAUUUUACGUCACGACCAAGUAUAUCAUACGUGGGACCAGAAAAGAACGCCUACAAUCUAAGCUUUACAUCUUUAACUCCUUUGGCAUGAUGGGCAUAUACACGGUGGUGGUUGUGUUAAACUUUAUCUACCGAAUCAACCGCCUCGAAGAUGGAACAUGCAUAAUCGGCAUGAAAAAGAUCGCCAUGAUCCCGUUGAUAUCGUUCGACGCGCUCGUCAACGUUUACCUCACCAUCCUGUUCCUGAUUCCGCUGAUGAGAUUAUACUCGUUUCGAAACCCUUUAAGCAAGCCAGACGUGUAUCGGCCGACCAUGAAGCUGCGUUCCGUUGCCGUGCGGACGUUUAUCGGCGCCUGCUGUACGCUGGCAAGUAGUAUUGUUAAUUUGACGGUCCUUAUGGUCCUCAAUGGCGAACCAGGAUGGGUGUGUCUGAUGUGUUGCAACAGCGACGUCCUCUUCUCGGCAUUGGUUCUGUAUUGGAUAACUUCAAAAGACAACAUCGCCUCCACCUCGAGCUCCAAGGACGCAGCAAAAAACGACUCGCACCAACUCUCGGGUCCGGAACGCAGGAGCGACAACAAAAACAGCAGCAACAAAAAUAAUCAUAACUAUAAUAGGAUCGGCAGCAAUAACGUCAGCGGAAAAACCCAGGACGACGACGGCGGCGGCGGUGACGUUGGAAGCGCCGGCGGCGUCAGGGGAGGCGGCAGCGCCGGCGGCUGCGACUGCAACCGUGUCUCGCGGCACGACAGCGUCAUCAUCCGCGGAGACAUCGGAUACGAGUCGACUGCUGGUGGAGGGAUCUGGGCAGAAGGUGCCAAGGAGGGCGUGGACGACCCCUGGAACCCGAGACCUGGUGGUAACAUGGAAUCUGACGACAAACGAGAUGCCUGUUGA